AUAGAGGUGAACGUACUCGCAACUUGCCAAAAUUCGAAUUUCAAAACCCGCAGAUCCGACCGUUGGACCUGCGAGAAAUGAAGAGAGUGACGUGAACAGCGUUUAAGUGAAGCUGAAAAAGAGGAGAUGAAGAUGAAAAACGGGAGGAAAAUGGAGAGCGGAACUUGGAACUGAGCUUCUCUUGAUACUUUCCCUGUAAACCAAGAGCUGAAAGGUGGAAUCAUGAGGCGCCAUGGCUGGCAGCUCCCUCUUCACCCUCUCCAGUUUGUGGGAAUGGGAGUGUUCACAUUGCUAGUUGUUGCUUUCUCUGUGUUUGUUGCACCAUUUGUUGGAAAUAGAAAUGCUGAAAUUACAGUGCUUACACUGUUCUCAUUCACGGCAUUUUCUGUAAUUGUUUUAUACAUAAGAUGCACCGCCAUUGAUCCGUCUGAUCGAACCACCUCCAGAAGGAAAAGGGGAGCGAAAUCAAGUGGGAAUCCAAAAUUUAAUUACAAAUAUAUUAUCAUACAGAUCAUUUUGAGGACUGUCAGGAAGAUAGAACACAAGAUCCUCAAGUGUUGCAGGAGGAGAAAAUAUUUGGACCCUUGGAGUAAUAAUGUUCAAAUGGAUACCAUUUUACCAUUUUCUCUUCUCGUGGUUGAUGAUGCCGUCACGCCUCAUGUAAAGGAUGAUGAUAUCACAUUUUGCUCUCUGUGUGAUUUUGAGGUUAAAAGGCGAAGCAAGCAUUGCAGGACUUGCAAUAGAUGUGUUGAUGAAUUUGAUCACCAUUGCAGAUGGUUAAACAACUGUAUUGGAAGAAGAAAUUACACCACAUUCAUACUUCUAUUGGUUUUCACCAUGUUUAUGCUUGUAACAGAAGGAGGAACUGCACUUGCCAUUUUCAUCCGUUGCUUUGCAAGUAAGAAAAUAUCAAUGGAAUUAAAGCAGAAACUUCACACUGAGUUCCCAAAAGGGCUUCUUGCUGCAAUAUCUGUGGUUUUGACAGCGCUGACAGCCUACAGUAUAGCGGCACUGUGGCAGCUUUUCUUCUUUCACGCUGUACUAAUCCGAAAGGGGAUGAGAACAUAUGAUUACAUCUUAGCCAUGAGAGGAGAGAGCCAAUCCAUUGAUCCUUUCGAUGAUUCUGAUCUGUCUUCAGAUGAUAGUGACUAUGACGACACGCCAGAAAAGCCAAAGUUUCUUUCCAGACUCUUUUGCAAAGAUCAUGGAAAAAAUCAGAGCAGUCAAAAAUUAUCUAUUCUAGUUGAAAAAACGUCCAGUCCAACCAAUUCAGCAAAGCCUGAAAUCCGAAUAGAUCCCUGGAAAUUAAUAAAGAUGAGCAAAGAGAGCGCAAAAAUGGCAACAGAAAAAGCAAGAGAAAGACUGCUGAGACAGAAGGAAGGGAAAUCGGUUUCACCAUUGAAACCAUUGCCAUUGGAGAGUAAGAAGGGACCAACAGUUAACAAAGAGAUCAGGAAGGUGUCUGCUAGCUGCGAGAUAACCCCAGUUGUCUCAAAUCCAUGGAUUUCAGGCUCCACAGGAGGGAGGUUGUCCAGUCCAAGGAGAAGGUUUUCUGGUUCACCAUCACCAAGGCCACAGAAGUAUAGAAGUAAGUUUGAUCUCAAAUUGACUGAGGUCUCAAGAGAACUUGAGACGUACAUAUCAAGGCAAGUGCUGUGCUCUGUUUUAAAGAAGAAUGGGGAAGAUGACGCUUCUCCAAGAUACGGCCUUUGAAUUUUGACUAAUAUUCCAUAGCAACUUUUUCCUUGUUGAACAAAAAAAGAAACAUUUUCCUUGUUGACAGUUUUUAGUUUUUUUCAGCUUUUAGUGGAGGUUGGAUUUGAAUUUCACUUCUGACGAAUUGUGUAAAUUAAAUGUUAUGGCAUAAUUGAGCUAAUUUGGGAAA